AUGGCAUAUUCAUGUGGAGAAGGAUACUGCCUCCACUACGUGCACAUUGACCCGUCGGCAGCAUGGACGCUCACGCAAGCCGUGCGAGUGGGCAACACGAUCCGAAAAAUAUCCAGUGGGUCGGCGUACGAUGCCUCGGCGAGUGCGCACGGCAUUGUAAGCGUAAGCAUCCAGGCUGAAGAGACAUGGGCACACAAACGGGUUGGUCUCACCGCUGAUCUGACAGACAAUUCGAAAUACCCGAAUGGAGCAUAUAUAGGCCUUUUCCCAGCAGGGCGAGUCUACAUACCUGGUAGAGCCGACAGCACAUACACGACGCAUGAUGUGUUCAGGUUUCAGUGGGAGGCGAACAUGAUUGUCGUGUACAAAAACGGUGUGAGGCUCCAUUCUUGGUCGGUGGCAAGCCCCCCAAGGGGUGUGCUGUUGUAUUUCUACGAGUACGGCGCGUCAUUGCAGGUGUUUACUUCGCCGGUGUCCCUUUGGCAGCCAGACAACACGUGGUACGUCGUCGACGGCUCAACGGUGACAAGGAGUGCGGCUUCAUCAUGGCUCUGGAGGACCAUAGCGUUUGGCCCAUGGAUAGAGUCAGGGACUUACACGGCAUCGUUUGCAUAUGUCGCGUCGUCCCAUGGCUGUACUCAAUCGCCAGGCUGCAGUGUAGCAUUCGGUGUCGUAUUCGAAGGGUACGAUCUUGGACAGAGCGGAUGCUACCACAGCAGCGUUGAUGGGUACAAUUGCCAAUCUGGUCGAGGUCUCCAACUUCUAGGCAACAAGUGGGGUCAAAGUAGUUGGCAGGGUUGUUCAAAUCACGGUAUUCAAGUUGGUGAUGUGAUCCGUGUGCAGAUCGACAUGUCCCUCGCAACAAUGACCGUUGCCGUCAACGGUGUAAAUUGCCCACCGUUCCAAUCACUUCCAAGUCAAGUUCGACUAGCGGUAUCCACAGAAAGGGAUGGAGACAUUGUCGCUGCAUUGCUGACAUCAUCGAUCUCCACGACGCCCAGCCCCACGGCCAGCCCUACGGCCAGCCCGACGGCCAGCCCGUCGGCCAGUCCGACGGCCAGCCCGACGGCCACCCGACGGCCAGCCCGACUGCUAGCCCCACGGCCGGCCCAACUGCCAGCCCGACAGCCAGCCCGACGGCCAGCCCCACGGCCAGCCCUACGGCCAGCCCUACGGCCACCCGACGGCCAGCCCGUCGGCCAGUCCGACGGCCAGCCCGACGGCCAGCCCGACAGCCAGCCCAACUGCUGGCCCGACGCCAAGCCCGACGGUCUGCACAACGGUUCAAGGUGGUUUUGCCCUCACCGUCCCCGACCCCGAAGAAUUUGCAGAGAAUUGUUCCAACGGUACAGACGUGCGAGUUGCUCUAGAAACGUCAAUCGCGACAAUUUUCAAUGGCACCGUCACCCCUGA